AUGCUUCUUGCUAAGGAGCAUGGCCGAGCUAUGUUGUCAAGACGGCGGCUAGGUCGAGGGUUUUCCCUUCUGAAGUACCGUGCGUUCUCGGCAAGUACACGGACGUCACUUUCUCUUGAGCGAGAUUCGCCGGAUGUGAAGAAAGCGCAGAGCUACUGCUCAAAUCUUGUUCGAAACUAUGAUUCGCCCUCAUAUACUCUGGCUCAUUUCGUCCGGCCACACACGCUUCCAGCAUAUUUUGCUAUCCGUGCCUUCAAUAUCGAGCUGGCCAGGAUCCCCGACGUGGUUUCAAUGCCACAAAUCGGUGCCAUGAGGAUGCAAUUCUGGCGAGAAACCAUCGAUAAGACUUUCAAACUUGCACCUCCUUCAGAACCCGUUGCCAUUCUGCUUGCUUCAUAUCUGAAGCAAGGGUACAAGCUCAACAAAACCUGGUUCCACCGCAUCAUUACGGCCCGUGAUCGGAAACUGAUGCAUCCCGGCUUUACCAACCUGGCCGAGCUCGAGUCUUAUGCCGAGUCGACCUACUCAACGCUCUUAUAUUUGACUUUGUCAUCGCUCCCUCUGAACUCCAUGACUAUGGAUCAUUUGGCUUCUCACGUCGGGAAGGCAGCUGGGAUCGUGGCUGUCCUUCGUGGAGUGCCAUUGCUUGCUUUUCCACCUCCGCCUAACCUUCAUUCCAACAAUCCUCCUGGUAUGGGCGCUGCUUCCACCCGAGACCGGCAGGGCGUUAUUACGCUGCCUUUAGAAAUCAUGUCUCAAAGUGGGGUCAGGGAAGAAGAUAUUUUUCGAAAUGGUGCCAAAGCUUCGGGCAUCCGUGAUGCUGUUUUCACGGUUGCUACCCGUGCUUCUGACCAUCUCAUCACCGCACGUGCCAUGCUCAAAGGCAUCCGAGAGAAUCAAGAUCCUAGCCACGAGUUUGAGCACAUCCACGACGAAGGUCAUGAGUACAGCAGGGACGACCUUGGUGCUAAGACCCCCACCGAUAGGAGCAGAGAAGAUGUCGACAAGGGCUUCGGUGUUAUAAUGGGCCCAGCUGUCAGCACUCAGUUGUGGCUUGAUCGUCUUCAGAGAGUUGACUUUGAUAUUUUCCAUGAAAGUCUCCGAAGAUUUGAAUGGAAGCUGCCUUUUGUUGCAUGGAUGCACAAUAGGAGUGGUAAAUUAUGA